UGUUCAGUUUGUUCAGCGGGAUCGAUGUUUGCUGGCAUCGCCUCGCCCUGUCUUGUGUGUGUGUGAGUGUGUGUGUGUGCAUAUGUGGGGGGUGUGAGUGUGUGUGAGAGGAAGCGAGAGUGCGUGCGUGUGUGAGUGUGUGCCUGUGUGUGUGUCUGUGUGUGUGAGUGUGUGAGUGAGUGAAUUCCAGAUUUUCUGUCUUUCCCAAACCCUCUCCUGUCCUCUCGCAUAUCACUCACAGACGGGGAUCUGACAGCAGCCACAAACCUACAGUGAGUGAUCUCUCUCUCUCCCCCAGCACGCAUCCGCCAUAGAGAUCGGCCAGGAGGAGGAAGAGGAGGAGGGAAAGAGCAGAAGGAGGAAGAAGAAAAAGAAGAAGAAACCACUACCUUCCCGGGAUUGCCUUUUUUUUUUUUCUCCUUAUCUCUGCGCGCGCGCGCGUGCGUGCGGCGCGUGUGCGCCCCUCGUCCCUUCCAUCCGAAUCCGGUCUUGGAUGUUUAAUAAAGAAAUCAAGUGUCUCAACAGUCACCAAAAAGCAAACAAACAAACAAACAAAUUCCAAAAAAAAAGCAAAAACAAAAAGAGAGAGAAAGAGAGGAAAAAAAUUCAAAACAAACAAACAAGGCACAGCCAACCUCUACUUCAAACCAGCCGGCACCAGCCACCCCUGCCAUCCAGAGAGGGGGGUCUCUGGCCCGUGGCGGAGCAGUUGCAGGGGGGAUCGUCAGGGGGACAGAGGCCGAGAGACGCCCUAGGAGCCACCGGGCAGGAGGCGGAGGAGACCCAGACAGGCGAGCGAGACCGCGGGCCCCCGCGCGCGGCUCGGGGCUGGGGCGCCAGAAGUGGGACUGGAGCGAAGUUGAGCGAUGCCAAGGAGGAAACAGCAGGCACCCAAGCGGGCGGCAGGCUACGCCCAGGAGGAACAGCUGAAGGACGAGGAGGAGAUAAAAGAAGAAGAGGAGGAGGAGGAAGACAGUGGUUCCGUGGUCCACCUUCAGAGCAGCAAUGACCCCGGGACAGACGAAGAACUAGACACGGGUCCGGAGCAGAAAGGCUGCUUCAGCUACCAGAACUCCCCAGGGAGCCACCUGUCCAAUCAGGACGCGGAGAACGAGUCUCUGCUGAGCGACGCCAGCGACCCCGUGUCAGACAUCAAGAGCAUGUGCGGCCGGGAUGCCUUUGACAAGAAGGCAAGCGCUCGGCCCAAGGUCCCAAGCGAAGCCCACAACUGCAUGGACAGAAUGACAGCUGUCUACGCCAACAUCUUGUCCGAUUCCUACUGGUCAGGCCUGGGUCUGGGCUUCAAGCUGUCCAACAGCGACAGGCGGAACUGUGACACCCGCAAUGGCAGCAGCAAGACGGAUUUCGACUGGCACCAAGACGCGCUGUCCAAAAGCCUGCAGCAGAACCUGCCUUCCCGAUCCGUGUCGAAGCCCAGCCUGUUCAGCUCAGUCCAGCUGUACCGGCAGAGCAGUAAGAUGUGUGGGACCGUCUUCACCGGGGCCAGCAGGUUCCGGUGCCGCCAGUGCAGCGCCGCCUAUGACACCUUGGUGGAGUUGACUGUGCACAUGAACGAGACGGGCCACUAUCAAGAUGACAACCGCAAAAAGGACAAGCUUCGACCCAUGAGCUAUUCAAAGCCCCGCAAACGGGCCUUCCAAGAUAUGGACAAAGAGGAUGCUCAGAAGGUUCUGAAAUGCAUGUUCUGUGGCGACUCCUUCGACUCCCUCCAAGAUUUGAGCGUCCACAUGAUAAAAACAAAACAUUACCAAAAAGUGCCUUUGAAGGAGCCGGUACCAACCAUUUCGUCGAAAGUCGUCACUCCAGCAAAGAAACGUGUCUUCGAUGUCAACCGGCCGUGCUCCCCCGAUUCCACCACAGGGUCGUUCGCGGACUCGUUUUCCUCUCCGAAGGGCGCCAGCUUGCCGCUGUCCUCCAACAACCGCUACGGCUACCAGAACGGCGCCAGCUACACCUGGCAGUUCGAGGCCUGCAAGUCCCAGAUCCUGAAGUGCAUGGAGUGCGGCAGCUCCCACGACACCCUGCAGCAGCUCACCACCCACAUGAUGGUCACGGGUCACUUUCUCAAGGUCACCAGCUCUGCCUCCAAGAAAGGGAAGCAGCUGGUGUUAGACCCGCUCGCCGUGGAGAAAAUGCAGUCCCUGUCGGACGCCCCCAACAGCGAGGCUCUGGCUCCCAAGCCGACGAGUCACUCAGCUUCCGACUGUACAGCUUCCACCACUGAGAUAAAGAAGGAGAGUAAAAAAGAGAAGCCAGAUGAGAUCGACAAGCACGAGAAAGCUGUGAAAAGCGAGGACUUUGAAGACCCUCUACAAAAACCUUUAGACCCUACAAUAAAAUACCAGUAUCUGAGGGAGGAGGACUUGGAAGACGGCUCAAAGGGUGGCGGGGACAUUUUGAAGUCCUUGGAAAAUACUGUCACCACAGCCAUCAACAAGGCCCAGAACGGGGCUCCCAGCUGGAGCGCGUACCCCAGCAUCCACGCAGCCUACCAGCUGUCGGAGGGCACCAAGCCUUCCUUGCCUCUGGUGGGGUCGCAGGUACUGCAGAUUCGACCCAAUCUGGCCAACAAGUUGAGGCCGAUUGCACCCAAGUGGAAAGUAAUGCCGCUGGUGUCCGUGCCCACAAACCUGGCCCCGUACACUCAAGUGAAGAAGGAACCAGAAGACAGAGAUGAAAUGGCAAAGGACUGUGGGAAGGAGAGUCCCCAGGAGGAGGCGCCCUCUUUCAGCCACGGUGAGGGGGAGUCUUUCCCCAACAGUGAAACCCCUUCCGAAUCCAAAAAGGCUGAGCCUUGUGCCCCGAAGGAGGAGGACAAGCUGGUGAAAGAGGGCGGUGAGAAAGAGAAACUCCAGCCCUUGGAGGCAGCGUCUUCCCUCAGCAACGGGUGCGCCCUGGCCAGCCCCGCCUCGGCCCUGCCCUGCAUCAACCCGCUCAGCGCCCUGCAGUCAGUCCUGAACAAUCACCUGGGCAAAGCCACGGAACCCUUGCGCUCCCCGUCUUGCUCCAGCCCGAGCUCAAGCACAAUCUCCAUGUUCCACAAGUCGAAUCUCAGUGUCAUGGACAAGCCGGUGUUGAGUCCUGCCACCACGAGACCAGCCAGCGUGUCCAGGCGUUACCUGUUCGAGAACAAUGACCAACCCAUCGACCUGACCAAGUCCAAAAGCAAGAAAGCCGAGUCCUCGCAAGCACAAUCCUGCACGUCCCCGCCUCAGAAGCACGCUCUGUCUGACAUCGCCGACAUGGUCAAGGUCCUCCCCAAAGCCACCACCCCAAAGCCCGCUGCUUCCUCCAGGGUCCCUCCCAUGAAGCUGGAAAUGGACGUCAGGCGCUUUGAGGAUGUCUCCAGCGAAGUCUCGACUUUGCAUAAAAGAAAAGGCCGGCAGUCCAACUGGAACCCUCAGCACCUGCUGAUCCUGCAAGCUCAGUUUGCCUCGAGCCUCUUCCAGACGUCGGAGGGCAAAUACCUUCUGUCCGACCUGGGCCCCCAAGAGCGCAUGCAAAUCUCCAAGUUUACGGGACUCUCGAUGACCACUAUCAGCCACUGGCUGGCGAACGUCAAGUACCAGCUUAGGAAAACGGGCGGGACAAAAUUCCUGAAAAACAUGGACAAAGGACACCCGAUCUUUUACUGUAGUGACUGUGCCUCCCAGUUCAGAACCCCGUCUACCUACAUCAGCCACUUAGAGUCUCACCUAGGUUUCCAAAUGAAGGACAUGACCCGCAUGGCCGUGGAUCAGCAAGGCAAGGUGGACCAAGAGCUCUCCCGGGUGUCGUCGGCUCAGAGGUCUCCGGAAACCAUAGCUGGCGAAGAGGACACAGACUCUAAAUUCAAGUGUAAGUUGUGCUCUCGGACAUUUGUGAGCAAACAUGCAGUAAAACUCCACCUAAGCAAAACGCACAGCAAGUCACCCGAACACCAUUCUCAGUUUGUAACAGACGUGGACGAAGAAUAGCUCUGCAGGUAUGGGUUUGCUCCCAGGUGGUUGUGACGGUGGCCUUGUGAGGAGUCUCUUGAAGGGAGAUGGGUCUGUUUAGCGGCAGCUAACUUCUCCCCGUCCCAAGAGGCCAGUAGCCUGCUGGAAUAGGACUUAUUUUUACGAAGACUAGAGCAUGGUAAAUAAGUCCUAUCCAUUCUCGAGAUUUUUUCCAGUGCAGACUUGGGCAAUAGAAUGGCUUUAGAGAGACGGAGUUCACAGAUCACUGGAUUGUGAUACGGGGCCCCUUAGUUGUCUGAAGCCCAGCUUGCAAGACCCAGCCAAGGCUAUGCAGCAUUUUACUUAAUAUGUACUAACUUCUCUCAGUCCCAUCCCAUCCCUCGCCUCCCCAUAGCAAUGCUAAUGACUUAGAAAGCGAUAAAGCAAAAGCCAUCAGCCGCAUCAAGACUGUAGAGUUCCUGGGGGCAGCCGCCGCACAGAGAUUUCUUAGUUUGUGAAUAGUUUAAAGUUGUCUUCAUCAUCAUUCCUGGUAACCAAUGCUUUUUGCAGCUUACCGCCGGUACCCGCUCCCUUCCUCUCCCUGCCCUUGGCUCUUUUCCUCCGUUAGGUUGCCUAAGAAAGAGCUUCUGCCCUGUAUUCAGAUGGUAGGAACACUCUCCUACCUGCAGACACUGAGAUGAAAAGAGAGGAGGAUUGCUUCCUUCUCUCCUCCUGCAGCUUUCUUUAGCCUAGGCUAAUGCCAGAGUCCGCCGAGGCACGGACUCGAGGUUUUCUCUGACAUAAAGAAACAAAAGACUUUCUGCAGCCCCAUUGCCAGCGCACGUGGGGUCUCACCACUUCAAGAUAAUUUGCAUUGUGGGCCACAGAAGUUCUGUGCCCCGUAGCGUCACCAGUGCCCAGACUAGCGAUGUCAUCUCCAGGAAAGCUUACAGAGACUGAGGUCACAUGCCUUGGCAGACGACACUGGCCACUUUCAAAUGCUUUCCAGGCUGGGUCUUAACAAAUCCCUUCAUUUUCAUUUUGUAUUUUCCCUACUGUCUUUUCUCUUGCCGCCCUCGCCCAGCACAAUACACAUCCCCCCAUGUGCUAGGGACCCUCACCCCUAUUCAGGGCGCCUUCUACCAUGGGCCAGACCCCAAGACGAGGACCCAAGUGGACCCAAAGCUUUGGCACUCGCCAGGCCAGUUUGUGUCAUGCCAGGUGACAGAUUAGCUCUUCUGAUUAAUUCACAGACAAGAUCUGAAGGCCUCGCCGUCUCCCCUGGUCCGAGUGUUUGUCUCGCCAUAGGCGACUUGGCAGAGCGAGUUACAGCGCUCUGAGCACUAGCAGGCGUCCAGGUGGAGAGAGGUGUUUACAUCACUUGGCUUUGGGCUCCCCUCCCCACGGGGAGGGAGCUGCCUGAGUAUGAGGAUGGUCCAAGUGAAAGAAAGGGUUAGCACGUCUGAUCUGGGACUUUCGGUGAAAAGAUCUAAGAGCUUCUGAUACAGGGGGACACCAUCUGGCCAUUCUAAUGGCUCUCUGGGCUCCAAUGAAGACUAUUGUUCUGUUUGCAUGUUUUUAUCACAAUAAGUAAAACGUGUCACUGCAGAGUCUUCUGUUGCUUUCCAAGCAUGGUUUGUUGAGCUCACACUAUGGAAAAAAAAAAAGCUGAAAUGCACCUACUGAGACUACACGUGAGCAUGAGGCUCGGCCAAUCUAUUUAUUUGCUCUAUAACAUUUUAAAUUUUAUGUAACUUGCUAUUAUGCUUUUCUGGUCCUUCAAAAAAAAAUGGUGAAUAUACACAGACUAUCCAAAGAGACGAGAGAUGUUUCCCACCCUGUAGUAGUAGGUUCAAACCAUGGUGAAGAGGACAAGUAGGUAAUGUUUAUUUGUGCUAUAAUAAAGACCAAUUUUCCACCUGAUAGGUUUGUAAUCAUUUUUUUAAAAAAAAAAUUAGUGUCACUGCCGAAACAGUGCAAUGGGUAAACAGAGAAAGGGGAAGAAAAGGAAGCUGUAGUCAAAAGCUGAAAUGUACAUCCCUGUUCUAGGGAAACAAAGGUAAAGCAGUAAUUUGGGGACGACCUACACAAAAGGCGCUCACCCAUCUGUGCAAUACGUGGAUGGGAGAGCACCUUUCCUCCUCUCUCUGCACCUGUUCAGGGAUCAGUAUGUCCAACGUGGACC